AUGAUGCCCUUCGUACUUCUUCUACUUUCCACACCUAUCCUGUGUAGCAAUAUUCUCGGAGUGUUCAUCUUCCCCUCUAUUAGUCACCAAAUCGUCUUCCAACCAAUUUGGAAAGAACUAUCCUUGAGAGGUCACAACGUCACUGUGGUAACACCUGACCCUUUAAACGACCCCUCUCUAACCAACCUAACCGAAAUUAGUGUUCGCUUUACCUACGAUUUUCUAAAACAAACCAAAAUCCAGGAAGUGUAUUCAAAAGACUCAAACGUUUUUCAGAGAUUGAUUCCUGCGUACCGUUUCAUCGAUUAUAUUGUAGAAGCCGAACUGAACAGUUCUCGGUUCAAACAACUAAUAGCUGACCAGUCCAAUCAUUUUGAUUUGGUUUUGGUAGAAGGUCUUCAUCCCGCUAUGUAUGCGUUAGCUGGAAGGUUCAAAGCACCUGCCAUCGGAAUCACUAGCUUUGGAUUAUUGGGGGCCAACUACAACACUCUUGGUAAUCCCUCACACCCAAUUCUAUACCCAGAUAUUUUAUUUGGUUUCCACAAUGUCGAAAAAUCGCUAUGGAGCAAAAUUGAAACUGUUGUAUGGAGUUUGUUGUCGUGGUACCACCACCAUUAUAUGUUAUACUUACCAAGAUCCCAAGAUAUUGCAGAAAGGUAUUUUGGGGAGGGUGUGUCGUACGUAGGUGAUACGGAGGCGAGACAGAGUAUGCUUUUUGUUAAUGUAAACCCUGUUGUAUACCCGCCGAAGCCCAAUGUACCCGCUAUAGUGGAAAUGGAUAAAAUGCACAUAAAACCGGUAAAAUCACUUCCUGACGAUUUGCAAAAACUACUAGACGAUGCUGUAGAAGGCGUGAUUUACUUCAGCUUAGGCUCGAAUGUUAAAAGCACAAAUUUAGAUGAAAAACUAAGGAACACUAUAUUGGGAGCCUUGUCUGAACUACCGUACAAAGUUCUGUGGAAAUGGGAGUCCGAUUACUUGCCUGGAAAACCAAAGAACGUCGUCACAAGAAAAUGGUUUCCUCAACAAGAUCUCCUUGCACAUCGAAAUAUUCGUGUUUUUUUAACACAAGGCGGUCUGCAAUCCAUUGAGGAAGCAGUGUCUAGAGGGGUACCACUCAUUGGGAUACCCUUCAUGGCUGACCAGCCUGCGAAUGUUCACAAAAUUAUAGACACGGGGAUCGGACUAGGGGUUGAUCCGGUUACUAUGAGCAAGGAGGAACUAAAAAAUUGUAUAAUUGAGGUUGCUGAAAAUAGCAAAUAUAAGAAACGAAUCGAGGAACUUCGUGACCUUUUGUACGACAAGCCCAUGACAGGGCUGGAAAAGGUUGUUUGGUGGACUGAGUACGUUAUAAGACAUAAGGGAGCAAUACAAUUGAGGAGUCCAGGAGCUGAUUUUUCUUGGUUUGACUACUUAUUACUGCAAGUUGUCUUAGUGGUAACUGUUAUCAUUAGUACUAUAAUUUAUCUCUUGUAUAAACUUUGCCAGACUGGGAUUUAUGUACCAUGA